AGCUGCCUGCUUUGAAUUAAUCCGGAAUGGUGUUUCAAAAAAAAGGAAAAAACUUCUCUACUGCUGUGUCAGCAUUUGGAAUUACUGCCUGAGGCUUUUCUUUUUCCUUCUCAGAGAAUCUAAAGUUUUACAGAGUUUUUGGAUCCGUUCCAGAGAGUCAUCCAGCCAGAAGAGAUCUGGCUGUAUAAAAAUCCUUUGGUGCAAUCAGAUAAUAUACCUACUCGCCUCAUGUUUGCAAUUUCUUUCCUCACACCCCUGGCUGUUAUUUGUGUGGUGAAAAUUAUCCGGCGAACAGACAAGACUGAAAUUAAGGAAGCCUUCUUAGCGGUGUCCUUGGCUCUUGCUUUGAAUGGAGUCUGCACAAACACUAUUAAAUUAAUAGUGGGAAGACCUCGCCCCGAUUUCUUUUACCGCUGCUUUCCAGAUGGAGUGAUGAACUCAGAAAUGCACUGCACAGGUGACCCCGAUCUGGUGUCCGAGGGCCGCAAAAGCUUCCCCAGCAUCCAUUCCUCCUUUGCCUUUUCUGGCCUUGGCUUCACGACGUUCUACUUGGCGGGCAAGCUGCACUGCUUCACGGAGAGUGGGCGGGGAAAGAGCUGGCGGCUCUGUGCUGCCAUCCUGCCCUUGUACUGCGCCAUGAUGAUUGCCCUGUCCCGCAUGUGCGACUACAAGCAUCACUGGCAAGAUUCCUUUGUGGGCGGAGUCAUCGGCCUCAUUUUUGCAUACAUUUGCUACAGACAGCACUAUCCUCCUCUGGCCAACACAGCUUGCCAUAAACCCUACGUUAGUCUCCAAGUCCCAGCCUCACUGAAGAAAGAGGAGAGGCCCACAGCUGACAGCGCACCCAGCUUGCCUCUGGAGGGGAUCACUGAAGGCCCCGUAUGACCAGUGUCCUGGGAGGAUGGACGCUAAGCCCUGGGCCAUCUGCCACCCUGACAUCAUAACACAAUAGAAAUGGUUUCUGUAGUGUAUUUUUCAUCAGUUGUUUCUCAAAGUCAUCGUACUUCUGCUUCUGUUUCACUGAUGGUGUUCCUGCUACUUUAAAUGUCUACUUUCAACAUUCUUGAAUUUGCAAGUGAAGGACACCAGGAACAAUCUCAGAGAUGCAAGGAAGAGGAUGCGAAGGUGGGCGUUGGGGAGCUUGGCCGAUCUGUCUAUCUGAAAUGUUUGCUGUAACAGCCACCUUCCUAUGUUUUCAUGGUUGUAAAACAUAAUAAAACCUCCCACCUGGAAGACUUGG